UUGCGUCGUUUUUUUGUUCGUUUGUCCGUCCGGCAUAUCUGCAAGUCUUUCGUCGCUUCGCUGCCGCACUCUUCUCAUUACGUUCUGUGAGAGGCUUCUUUGUCUUGGCCCCCGUGUUUUUAAAUUCACAGAGGCACACCAACUUGUCUGCUGACCUGCGCCUGUCGCCCUGGGAUUGUCAGUUCGUAUCUUCUCGACAGCGUUGAGCCGCCGUGAUUGCACCCCGCGGCUAAGACACAGCGUCGAAGUGAGGGGUGGAGAGAGGAAUAGAGAGUAGAGAGUAGAGAAAGCGCGCGCGAGAGAGCGGGAAAACAACGAGAACGAGCGAUCGGGACUGACGAUCGAGUGAAGUGUGAAUAUGGCGGGAACGUCGGAGAUUACCCUGGACCUGGAGGAGGUGCGUAAAUUGCUAGAGAUCGCGAAGCGGCCACGUGUCGUCCAGGUAUUGACGGACAGGCUUCGGGAGUUUGAGCGGGAAGUGGCCCUCGCUCAGGGGGAUGCCGAAAAUGCUGCUGCUUCGAAGAGCGUUGCCGCCCAUGAUAUAGUCGUUGCGCCUAUGGCCGUCGCGCCCAGCAGCCCCGACGCAAAUGGGAGUAGUUUGACUGCCGGAGAAGCGAAGAUCGAACCCUCGUCUACGACGUCGAAGUCGAUUGGUGUGAAGUUGCCCCCAACAACGUUCGGCCCGAAGAUCAGUAUUUCCUACACCCCUCUCUCGAGCUUCAGUUGGGAUCAAACGACGGAGCAUGUGAAGUUGUAUUACUCGUUGCAGGGGGUCUCCUCAGACGGAGUGGAUGCGCAUUUUACCUCCACGUCCUUCGAUGUCAAGAUCCGCCAUCCCGACGGCAAGCAUUACCGCUGCGGCAUACCGAACUUGAAUGGACCUAUCAACGCUAACGCGUCGUCAGUUAUCGUCAGGCCCAAGAGAAUCAUCAUCAAGUUGAAGAAACAGGAUUUUGGUCAUUGGAUUGAUAUAUACCAUAAAGAGGAUAAGUUCAAAGCAUCGUCGGAGAGUGGGAAGGAUGACCCGAUGGCGGGACUCAUGGGGAUGAUGAAGAAUCUCUACGACGAAGGAGACGAUGACAUGAAAAGAACCAUCGCCAAAGCUUUUGAAGAGAGUAGUAAAGGCGGUGGACUGCCAUCAUCCUCGCCGUCGUCGAAGUUCGAUCCGCUUCGCAUGUAAUGUCUUUUUUUUUUUCUUUUUCUUUGACAUGAAUCACAUGAUGGUAAUGACAGAAUCUGAUAAUUCGAGUAGUAGAUGAACGUUAUCUGUACUGGAUAUCGUUUAUCUAACGUUUAUCUGGGUGUUAAAUUCUUGACAUUCAUAUGAUGUGAUGUUGUCUAUUUCUUUUUUUCCCCAUCAUCGAUUCUUGAUGUCUUACUGUGAAUUGUUUUCGUCGAUCUGGCAGCGGUUGGAAUUGUUCCCUCGUCG